AUGGCACCGCCUGCGGCAGCGACCCGGGCCCUCGAGGCCAGCGCCCGCAUCCACGACCUCCUGCAACGCCUGCACGCGGCGUCCGAGGCACAGGAAAAGUCGCUGUCCCAAAUCUUCUUCUACGUCAAGAUGCUUGCGUCGUACUACAUUUGGGGCUCAGGCUGGUCCGCCUCGGCUGACGACCACAUGCGAGACAAGUACGUCUCGCUCGAGCAGGACAAGUGCCAGUUCAUGUACCUCCUCGCCCGGGGCAUGGGCGCGCGCAACAUUGUGGAGGCCGGCACCAGCUUCGGCGUGUCCACCAUAUACCUGGCCCUCGCCGUGGGACAAAACGUCGCCGAUGCGCGGGCCGCCGGGGGGCGGGCGACGGGCAAGGUCAUCGCGACGGAGCAGGAGCCGACCAAGGCUGCGAAAGCACGCGAGCACUGGAAGCAGGCGGGCGACGAGGUGGAACCUUGGAUUGAGCUGCGCGAGGGUGACUUGCGCGAGACGUUGAAGGUCGCUGAGGGAAUGCCGGAGCAGAUUGACCUGCUGCUGCUUGACAUCUGGACGCCAAUGGCACUGCCCGUGCUGGAGAUUGUCAAACCACGGCUGCGCAAGGGAGCACUUAUCCUAGCCGACAACACAGUCAUGGCAAAGGCGCUGUACAAGGAGUUUUUGGCCUACAUCCACAAUCCGGAAAAUGGAUUCAAGACGACGACGACGCCGUACUCUGGCGGGCUGGAAAUGAUUGUGUAUCUACCGUCGAACUGA